GGAGGAGACAACUGCAUUGAAUGCGCGUACUGUGGAGUUGACCGGUUGGACCCGCAUAUUUGGCAAGUUUCUAUUUUUGUAUAAUAUUCUCCAGGAAUCUCGGUCAAUCAUCUGCAAUUACUCCACAACGUAUCAGGCUCAUUAAAUGAACAUUAAAUGCUUUCCUUCCUUGAAAAAUCUUCUAGCCGUUAGGAAAUUUCCCGUUAGUUGAAAGGUAGCAUCGAAUUCUUCUAAGUGUUUGAUGUCCGAUGAGACUCUCUGAUUAGCAAUUCUCAAGCCGGGCUCUGAUGGUUCUCUGAUAGCUAUAUGAGGGCAGCUCUGGUAGCAGCUCUGAUGGUUUCUCUGAACAGCAGCUCUGCAGGCAACUCUCAUAGCUAGUUAAAGGAGCAACUCUGCUAGCACUUCUCAUGGAGUAGUUCUCCUAGCAGCUCUGAUGCUUCUCUGGAGAGCAACUCUCAUGGAUCAGUUCUCCUGGCAACUCUGAUCAGAAGUACCAAGAGGAUCUCUGACCUGUCGACUAUGCUAAUACUUACAAAGAAAAUUUCUAAUACAAAAUUUCUAUAAGGGGUACUUUAAGAUUCUAAUCUAUCCUAGCAUCAUCAAAAUCUAAGUACAAUUAUUCCUUACAUGGGCUGAUUCCUGGUUGCCUGGGACGGAGGGUAGAAUUACUUCUGGGAAGCCUAGUGGAAUAAGGGACAUGAAUGUAGCUGCUUUACGGGAUAUCACAAGAAGGAAGUGGAAUGUCAAGCGAAUUUCUGAGAUUUUUAAUGUGGAGGAUCGGAAAAGAAUAUUGAGCAUCCCUAUUAGUUUGACUGAUCGGGAAGAUAAAUUUUGGUGGAGUGGGGAAAAGAAUGGGUAGUUUUCAGUCAAAAGCUGUUAUAGAUUGCUCAUGGGGUUCCAUAAUUCAGGUGGCUGGAUAGGGUGGAGGAAUCUGUGGGAUGCCCAAGUUCCCCCAAAGUUUAAAUAUCUAUCUUGGCAGAUUUUGGAUGGCACUUUACCAUCUGUUGAAAAUCUAAGGAAGAAAGGGGUGCUAAUUGAUGGAGGCUGUAAGUUGUGUGGACUACCCGGGGAGGACUCAGAUCAUGCAUUACGUUCCUGCUCAAAAGCCGAGGAGGUCUGGCAGCUCGUGGGCAUUAACACAGGUGGACCACAAAUGGAGCUGAAUCAGUGGCUUAGGCAGCAGUUGGAGCGGGAGGAUGCAGGUGCUCGGUGCAGGGUUUUGGCAAUUAUUUGGAGCUUGUGGAAGAGGAGGAAUCAUGCCGUGUGGAAGGAUGAAAUGCAAGAGGCGGAUGGCGUCCUGCGGAGAGCCGAGGGCAUGCUGGGCGCAUGGCAGCAGGUGCGCAAAUCUCAAGCCAAUAUGCAAGCCGGGAGGAAGUGCAAUGAAGGAGAAAGAUGGCAAAGGCCGACCGGGGUUUGCCUUAAAAUUAAUGUGGAUGGAGCUGUCAAUGAUGGAAGAGGAAUUCGCUCAUGGGGCUGGGUUGUCCGAGAUGCGGAAAGAGCUUUUAUUAAAGCUCGGGGGGCUUCAGUUUCAGCGGAAUGGACUGCUGAAGAAAUAGAGGCAAUGGGUGUUCGGGAUGCUAUAAUUUAUGCAAAGGAGGCAGGGUGGCGGAAUGUGCAAGUUGAGACCGAUGCCCUCACGGUUGUGCAUGGAAUAUCUAAGACGGAGGGUUCGACUUAUGUUAAUUUAAUUUUUGACGAUAUUAGGAAGUUGUUGGAAACAUAGAGUAAUUUUGAUAUCUCUUUUUGUAAACGAUCUGCGAAUCGUGUCGCCCAUGCUCUUGCUCGGGAACAUGUUACCAUCUCAGAUAAGUGUGUGGAUUACGUUGAUAUGCCCGAUUGUAUUUGUAGCCUUUUGGCUAAUGAUUUAGUAAUAUAAUGUUAUCGGUUUGAUGAUAAAAAAAAAGUAAAUUACUGUUGUACUAUUUGCGAUACCUUAAAAUGCACCA